AUGGCCGACAUCGAACCCUUCACCAUUUCAAUCCCCGAAUCUGAACUCGCCGAUCUCAAGACCCGGCUCUCCCUCGCCCGCUUCCCAACGGAACUCGACUCCUCAGCCUGGGACUACGGCACACCCCUAGCCGACGUGCAACGCCUGACGACCUACUGGAAAGACACCUUCGACUGGCGCGCCGCGGAGCAGAGAUUGAACGCCCUCCCCAACUUCCGCACGUCCAUCACAGUCCAGGGCUUCGAACCGCUCAAGAUCCACUUUGUCCACCGCCGGAGCCACGUCGAGAAUGCCGUGCCACUACUCUUCGUGCACGGCUGGCCCGGCUCGUUCAUCGAAGUGACCAAGAUGCUAGACGACCUGGCUCUGGCAUCCACCAAAACCAGCCCAUCCGCAACGCCUCCAGCAUUCCACGUCGUGGCCCCCAGCCUGCCCAACUACGGCUUCAGCGAGGGCCCCACGCGCAAGGGCUUCGCGAUCGCCCAGUACGCCGAGGCAUGCCACAAAUUGAUGCUCAAGCUCGGGUACACCGAGUACGCCACCCAGGGCGGCGACUGGGGGUACUACAUCACACGCGCCAUCUCGCUGCACUACCCAACACACUGCAAAGCCACGCACGUCAACUUCGACCAAGGCAACCCCCCGACCUUCCUGCGGCACCCGACCCUGGCCGUCCGGCACGCCAUGGCUCCCUACACACCCGCCGAGCGCGCGGGGCUCCAGCGCACAAAGUGGUUCUUGGCGGAGUCGUCAGGCUAUCGCGCCCAGCAGGCGACGCGGCCCCAAACUUUGGGGUAUGCCGUGCACGACAGCCCCGUGGGGCUACUCGCGUGGGUGUACGAGAAGCUGCACGACUGGAGCGACUCUUACCCUUGGACGGACGACGAGGUGUGCACGUGGAUCAGCAUCUACUGGUUCAGCACGGCGGGGCCCGCGGCGAGCUUUCGCAUCUACUACGAGGCGACGCACGAGUGGGAUGACCCGGCGAGGCGGGUGACUCGGGAUCGCACGCGCGAGUAUAUUGGCGGCGGGGUCAAGUUGGGGUUGACGCACGCGCCGCGCGAGGUCAGGGUGCUGCCGGCGACGUGGACGCAUACGCAGGGCGAUGUCGUGUUCGAGAGGGGGCACGAGCGUGGGGGGCACUUCUUUGCGUGGGAGCGGCCUGAUGAUCUCGUCGCGGAUCUGAGGGAUAUGUUUGGCAAGGCGGGCGGGGCGUAUAAUGUCGUCAAGGGGAGGACUGGGUAUUAG